CUCUAGACCAGUUUGCUUUGAAGCAACUGGAAGAGAUUAUGGAAGCUACUCGUAAAGGGGAGGCGAAACCAGAAGUAAGUGAGGAAAUGAUUGAUGCUAACAUCCAGCAGCUCAGAGACACUCUGGCUGCCGAAGAAAGGAAGAAAGAAGAAUUAACCAGAAGAAGAGAACAGGAACAGCGAAGGGGACAAAAGGUUAAAGAGAUCAGACAAGUCAUAGGAACAGAAGUCGGUGAACAGACUGACAUGUCACAAACGUUGGCUCAUAUUGUGACAUAUCUUACCUUUCUUGAGGAGAAGAUUGAUAGACAACAAAAUCAGUUGGAUGAAAUCACUGUUGGAUUGAGAACAAUUGCUAAUAUUGUGAAAGGUAAGAAUCAGAUUCAGGGAAAAGAAGAACAAGAAGAUAAGAAGGAGAAGAAAGAAGUAAAGAAGUUGAUGGGGGACGCAAUGAAGUCUGCUGGUCCCGUGAUAAAGACAACGACUAAUAAAAAUGGAUCCAAUGGAAAUGGAUCAAGUCAACCAUCUACUCCUCACUCUUCUCAUUCUUCUAAGUCUACUCCUAAAGGAACUCCAGAAAAAACAAGCGCGGAACCCGAAAAACCGAAGAAGAAAGAAAAGGUGAAGAUGAAGUUGUCGUUUACGUUUUGCAACAAGAAAGAAGAAAGUCUGUUGCUGUGGAUUGCAGAAAUCCAGACGUAUGUGAGUACCGCACCGGUCGAGCCGGAGUCCCAAGUCGCGUUCACCACUUCUUGCAUGGGUGGUGAGGCCAAGCAAUGGGUGUUGGCCGAGGCCAAUGCGGCGGGUUUCGAAGAUAUCGGUGAGUGGGCAAAGACUAUGACACUGAAACAAUUCUUGGCGAAAACCAGGGACCGUUUCCUCGACAAGACGACGGCCGACAAGGCCUUUGACCAGUUGACCUCAAUUGGUCAAAAGCAUUGGACGUCAGUUGAGGCUUUGUCCCGAGAAGUUGACCGAUUGUUGCAGGUUCCUGGAUUGAACCUGCAGGACAGCCAAGUGUUGUACAUCUAUUCCCGCGCGUUGCCUGAGCCCAUCCGGGGACAUUUAGUCACCGAAGCGAAGUCCGGUAAGUACAACUACAGGCAAUUUCGUGACCUCGCCCUGCAAAGGGAACAGAUGACUUCUCAAGUCAAGAAUUCCUAUGCAGCGGUAGUCAAGUCUGGAGGAGGAGGCGGAAGACAGUACAAUGGGAAACGAGUUCUCUGGCGACAGAAGCGCCAGGACCACACCCUUGUCGUCAUCACAGUGGAAAAGUGGCGGAAUGAGGAGAAUGAUAACAACAGUGACUCCGGGAAGGGGGAAGUCACUGUUGUUGUGGCCAAUAAGGGAGGACCACCCAGGACAGGAGGGAAGAAACAAAGAGCGUUCCCAUGGCACCCUGGCAUUGCUGAUGGGAAGCCAUGGGUCGAGAUGGGUAUGACUAGAAAGACUUGGCAGGAGCGCAUGGACAAUGCGCAAUGUCUCAAGUGCGGCACAGCRGGACAUGUGAUCGCCUACUGCCCUCAGAUCCGGAACCCAAAAGCGAACAGCCAAUAGGAGUAGCAUCUGCUCCUGCUGAGAUUAAGGGUAAGAACGAACAAACAGGUAAGGUGCCU